AGGCGCAGUACGGAAACCGAUUAGCGAGGGAGAAGCAGGGAGAAGACCACUCCGAGACCCCGUGCAACAACAACCCGGGGCAACCAGGGCGGCUCUCAGUCGAACAAAGCGGGCGUCGGCAUUUACCGAUAGCCUCAGUUGAACGGCGAUUGCAGCUGUGUCAGACGUGAACACGUUUCACCAAGGACGAACAGGAUCGCAGCCUGUCGUUCUCAAAAAUUUCCGAUCCGAUGGAGGAACUACAGUGUUCCGUGCUGGACGGUCAAGAUUCCGCAGACCACAUGAUCCUGAUCGAGAUGGAACCGGCGGAAGACCUCGAGGCGAGCACCAGCGCAGAGAACACCGUCGCGGUGUCUCCCGUGCCAAACAUCGUGAGGAACGGAGGCAUAGAGUGGGGCGACACAGACACCAAGGUCCUGCUAGACUACUACAAGCGCUACCUGCCCCAGAUUGGGCCCUUCAAGACCUUCCGCUCCAAGCGUGAGAUGUACAAGAAGAUCGCCAAGGACAUCCUCCGGCUGACCGGGCACACGCGCACGCCCGAGCAGUGCGAGAACCGCUACAAGACGGUGCUCAAGCGCCGCAAGGCCCCCGGCUGGCACCGGCGCAACAUAGCAGUGAGCCCCCGCAUCGCGCGCUACGAAGAGGAGCUGGCGCGGAUACGGGCGCUGCGGGACUCCCUCGACGCGGAGCUGCUGCCGCCCAAGCCGGCUUUGACGGGUCGGACUACGACGAGGGCAGCGACGGCGAGGGUGGCGGAAGACAGCGUGGCGGAAGAGGACGACGUCAUGGCGACGCCGGCGAGUCCGCGCAUGCGCCGACGGCCCGUGCACGUGCGAGCCUUCCUGGAAAUGAUGCGGGACCUGCACCAGGAGAGGGAGAAGGGAAGGGAGGAGCGGGAGAGGAGGCGGGACCAGAGGCACACCGAGAAAAUGCAGCUGCUGCGGAGGGCGCUGGCGCUGCUCGAGAUGGACAGGAUGGUCUCGCAGGCCACGCAGACGUAGCCUCGCCGCAAGCGCGGCGAAGAAUAAACGGUUUUAGAGA